AUGGUGCUUCAUCAUGGUACCAAUGCCAUUCCUGAAUAUAAUAACACGCAGCUCUUCCCAGGCAUGUACCCGACUUUGUUUCCAUAUGGCAUCGGCGGAUUUGAGGAUGAGACAUGCCAGACUGCCUUGUAUUUUGACCGGCAGGCAAAACACAUGCUAAAUAUCUCUGAUCACAAGUUCAGAUACCAUGAAUCCUUCUUGUUUGUAGUACUUAACAUGUUGCAGAGGUGGCGUGCGCAUCUCCAAACCUAUUUUGCUGUCCGGAAAUCGAACUUCAAGACUGUGGCUCGCAAUUUGACUAGUGUGUCUGCUGAUGUGUUGCAACACUUAGCCAAUCGUCUUGAGCAAGAGUGUAAAAUCUCUGACCUGACCGAAGUUGAACAGAAUGCCUUCAAAUUAUUGCAUCAGGUGAACACAAUGUCUGCGCGUAUACUGGGCUCACAAGCAUCUAAAAUCUUCGUGCGCAAUGAAAUCCGCAAUUACUUUGGAUAUUUUGGCUUGCCCCACAUCUUCUUCACGUUCAACCCAAGCGCUGCACACAGUCCUAUCUUCCAGGUGAUAUAUGGCGACCGCACUAUUGACUUGUCUGAGCACUUUCCACACAUGCCUGAUGGACGCACACGUGCUAUCUGCCUUGCUCAUGACCCUGUUGCAGCCGCAGAUUUUUAUGAGUUCAGUUAUCAGUGUCUCUUUCGACAUCUGUUCAGAUGGGACUUUGACCGUCAGGAGAGUGUAGCUGAAGGUGGGAUAUUGGGUCGUGUGCGUGCAUUCUAUGGUACUUCUGAG